AAUGCAAGGUUCAUAGGAGUCAGUUUAAAUUAAAUUGGUUGUAGUAGGAGAUGGAAGUGUUGGUAAAACAUGCAUACUUUUAAGGUAAGAAUUAAUAUAAGGAAUAUAGUUACACAACAGAUAAAUUUCCCACAGAAUAUGUACCCACAGUAUUUGAUAAUUAUACUACCCAAUUAACUGUUGACAAUUAGAUGGUAAAUUUGAGUUUAUGGGACACAGCAGGUCAAGAAACAUAUAAUAGACUAAGAACUUUAUCAUAUGGAUCCGCAGAUAUUUUCCUCAUAGUAUUUUCUGUGGCAGAUAGUAGUUCAUUUGAUAAUGUUUUGACAAAAGUAAUUUUAUUUAAUGAUUUUAAAGUGGUACCCUGAGUUAAAUCAAGAUGAAUUAUAAAAAGUCCCAAAAAUUAUUGUUGGUAAUAAAAUAGAUAUGAGAGAUGAAAGUAAUAGCAAGCACAUUAAAAAGGCUUCAGUAAUCAUACAUUAUUUAUUUAUAGGCUGAACAAGUCUUAGCUAAUCAAAAUCUGUAAUAUUAUGAAUGUUCUGCAUUAACUUAGGAAGGUUUGAAGGUUGUAUUCGAUGAGGCUGUCAAAAAAGCAUUGCAAGCUAAAUCUAUGAAUAAACCAGUGACUAAGACUGGCAGUUAGAAUAAGGAGAUAAAUAAUGGAAACUAAAAGAAAGACGAACCAUGUUGUAGCAUUUAUUGAA